UAAAUUCUUUAAAAUUCUCUAGAAAUAUACAGAAUCUGUUAACAUCAUGCACUGUCGAUUAUUGUUUUUUUCCUCUAACGGUUGAUUUCAGUUGUUAUCUUCUGUUGAGGAAACAUAAUCUCUUAACCAUAAACACGUAUAAUCUUCCAACAACCAGAAACUAAACCGACUUCUUGCUGUAUAAAUUGCGAAUCAAAUUCAAAUUCAAAAUAAUCAAAAACAAAGAAACACAACAACAACAACAACAACAAUGGCUAGAUCAAUCUCUUUGUGUCUCUUCUUCUUCUUAUUCAUUUCUUGGAUUCCAAAGCUAACCACAAGCUACCCUCUCUCCACAAAAUCUAGAUGGAUCGUGGACGAGAAAGGCCAAAGGGUGAAGCUAGCCUGCGUGAACUGGCCCGCUCAUCUCCAGCCCGCGGUGGCUGAAGGGCUAAGCAAACAACCAUUAGACUCCAUCUCCAAGAAGAUUGUCUCAAUGGGAUUUAACUGUGUUAGGCUUACUUGGCCUCUUGAUUUGAUGACUAAUGACACGUUGGCUCGCAAUGUUACCGUCAAACAGUCUUUUGAAAGGUUGAAUUUGUUUGAUGAUGUUCUUGGCAUUCAAACUCACAAUCCCAAAAUCCUUAACCUUCCCAUAUUCAAUGCAUUCCAGGAAGUGGUGUCGAACCUUGGACAAAACGGUGUGAUGGUGAUACUAGACAACCACUUGACAACGCCAGGAUGGUGUUGCAGCGACAACGACCUGGACGCUUUCUUCGAAUACCCUAACUUUGAUCCCGCCGUCUGGGCCAAGGGAUUGAGCAAGAUGGCUUCUCUUUUCCGCAAUGUCACUAAUGUCGUUGGCAUGAGCCUUAGAAACGAACCACGUGGUACCAGAGAUUACCCUAACCUCUGGUUCAAGUACAUGCCAAAAGGAGGAGAAGCAGUACACGCAGCAAACCCUGAAGUACUAGUCAUCCUCUCCGGCAUCGACUACGACACAAACCUCUCUUUCCUCCGUGACCGUUUCUUCAACGUCAGCUUCACCGACAAGCUCGUCUUCGAGCAACAUUGGUACAGCUUCUCCGACGGUCGAGACUCGUGGGAAAAGCACAACUCUAACGAUUUUUGCGCAAAAAUCAUCGAGAAAGUCACACAUAACGGAGGAUUCUUGAUCGGGAGAGGUUUUCCUUUGUUCUUGACUGAGUUUGGGGCUAACCUGAGAAGCGGUGACGUUAGCGGAAACCGGUAUAUGAAUUGUUUGGUGGCUUGGGCCGCGGAGAAUGAUUUGGAUUGGGCGGUUUGGGCAUUAACCGGAGAUUAUUAUUUGAGAACCGGUCAAAAACAUAUGGUUGAGACUUUUGGUGUUUUGGCUCCUAAUUGGAAAGAUGUCGCCAACUCUACUUACCUGCAAAAACUCUCCGGAAUUCAACUUCCAGUUAGAGGACCCGGUUUACAAUCCAAAAAACUUCUCUUCCACCCAACAUCAGGACUUUGCGUCACCAGUAAUCUCUCAAACAAUUCACCUACACUUCGAUUGGAACAAUGCCGUAAAGCCGAGCCGUCGACCUUUAAUCCAAGUGAAGGUUUUCUCUGGAGUAACAAACUGUGCGUCGAGGCUCCAGAUGCUGUUGGACAGAAAGUGAAGCUUGGAGUUGGCACUAAGUGCUCUAAGUUGGGACAAACCUCAGCUACUCACAUGCAUUUGUCGUUUAAGACAACAAGUAACGGUUCGUUGCUAUGUCUUGAUGUGGAUGAACGUGACAACAGCAUCGUUGCUAACCCUUGCAAGUGUUUGACCAUGGAUGCUUCUUGUGAUCCAGCAAGCCAAUGGUUCAAAGUUCUUUAAAUUCUUUUUUAUAUGUUUUAUUUCGGAGAAAAUGCAUCUGUAAUCAAGACUACGUACGAUCGAUCAUGUUCAUAAUAAUAAUUUCUUGAGUUCAAAAAUCAAAAUUUAAUAAUUGAAAUUGUUGUGUCAAAAUACCUAAUGGCAGCUUAAUCAUCACAAUUUCAAAUAUAGAGAAAUGACAAUUGUAGUUAAGGAAAGGAAAAAAAAUCAUAAAAUUACCUCAACUAAAGUUUGUUAAGCUUUUUAAUACUUAAUUUUUUUUGCUAUCCAGGUUAAAACAUGAACUAAAUAUUUUAUUUAUUUUAUAACGUUAACUUUUCGAACUUUUUAUAUUUUAAUACUCAAAUUUUUGCUUAUUUUAAAUAAAAUUUAUUUGUAAGUUUUAAAGAAUAAGUUUGACAUUUUAAAAUUUCAUCCACAAAAGUUACUUUCAUUCAUAUAUCUUUGAAACAGAAUUAGAAUUUUUAAGGAUUUGUGAAUUUUAUCGGUUAAUUCUGUUUUUUCGUUCGUUUUUGCAGUGAAUUUACAUAAACGUUCUUCCUUAACAUUGUGUUUCAAACAGAGCUCGAUUUUGCAGAGCUGUAAUGGAGCUUCAGAUUGUAGGACUUAUUCGCAUGCCUUCAAAAAGAUGUCCUGAUUAUGUAUGUGCAAAGGUUGGCUUUGGUUCUUAAGAAUAGUCUCAAUACUUCCAUUUGCUUACAUGAUGACUAGAUGACCCACAUGUACACGUGGGUUUCUAACAGAUGUGUUUGGAGUUUUUGAAUUGCUUUUCUUAUGUGGGUUCACAUAAUAUUAAACGUAGAAUUGAUAUGAGCACAGACGAGAUCUCAAUCUAGACAAGUAAUCAACUAAUCAUUUUCAACAAGACUGAAAAAAAAACGGAUUAAAAACUAAGAACUUUCAAAGCUGGAAGAUUCUUAUGCUAAGUCAACGAGACUUAGUAAGUAAAUAUUGACAGCUUUGUCCGUGAGAAUGCCAAACCUCAUGAAAUUAUCGAAAAUACUCACAUGAUUAGUAUUACAAGGUUUUUGAUUCGUAGUUCCAUACACUAUCGAAAGAAUAUAUAUCAUGUAAAUUAGCUCCUCUCAUCAGUAUAUUUGAACAUGUAGCCUCUAAAAAGAACCUAAUUACUAACUCAUCGCUGGUUACCCGAAUUAUAUAUUUCCGACCAUUACCUAUUUCGGUCCAGAUGUCCGGAAAAGGACAUCAUUUAGAUGAAUAUUCAAACCCAUGGGGCAAGUCGAAAACCAUUGUGUGUUGAAUAUUCUCAAGUCUUAACUCUUUUUACGGGACAAAAGACGACCUGUGACUUAGAAAGUCUUUUUAAAAUUAUGCGCAUGUUCAAGUUUUGCCUACCGAAACAUUUCACUUGCCACUGCUGCUAAAACCUCCCUCUCUCUCUCUUGUUAUUAUUUUCUAUUGUAAAGCCCACCAUCACACAAAAAUGUCCAUACAAACACUAUUCUCAACUUGCUUCUGGUUCUUGCUGGUGUCUAGCUACGCAGCCGCAAACGAGGCCGACGUAAAUUGCUUGAGGAACUUCAAAUCUGGAGUUACAGAUCCAAAUUUAUUAUUUAUCGAGUUGGGUAUUUGACAACCAGACUGCAGGUUUUAUCUGCAAGUUCAGUGGUGUGACUUGCUGGCAUGAUGAUGAGAAUAGGGUUUUGAGCAUUAAGGUUAAUGGCUUUGGUCUCAAAGGAGAGUUUCCUGUUGGGAUUAAGCAAUGUUCUGAUUUAGUGGGUCUAGAACUUAGUAGAAACAACUUCUCCGGAGUUUUACCGUCAAAUAUAGGCUCCUUGGUUCCAUCUCUUACGACUUUGGACGUCUCUGACAAUCAAUUCUCCGGUGAAAUCCCUGUCUCUCUAUCAAAUAUUACCUUUCUGAACACUCUUACGCUUCAGAAUAACAGCUUCACUGGCCCACUUCCUCCAGAGCUAGUGUCACUUCCGCGUCUCACCAAGUUCUCAGUGGCAUUCAAUCAACUGACCGGUCCUGUUCCAAAUUUCAACUUGAAGUUUGGACGGGAGAACUUUGCUAGUAACGAGGGUUUAUGUGGGCAGCCUAUGGAUCCUUGUGUUGACCCGGAAGAAGAUAUAAUACGGUUAGGGAAGAUCGGUGCAGCAGUUGGUGCAGCCUUAUUUGCACCGCUAGGUGCGUUCUUAGACUGGUUCGUCUUCAGUGGUAGGAAGAAGAAGCAAGAAGAUAGAAGACACCGUAGCUGGAUUUUCCACAUUGGGGAUUAAACGUACACAUUUUUCAUCAAUGUAUUAAUCAUCAUUAAUCUAUGCGUCUUAAUAACGAGUUAUUUAAAAUGUAUAUGCAACAAUAUUAAUGAAAUGAUUAUACGGAGAAAACUAAAAUUUUUAAAUUUGGGUUGAUCUC